CGUCACUUCCGGUCCUGAAGGGGCGGGGAAGAAGCCGGAAGUCCCGAGAGCUCCGGCGGUAGAGAUGGAGGAGAGCGAGUACGAGUCUGUUCUCUGUGUCAAGCCAGAGGUCCAUGUCUACCGCAUCCCGCCGCGGGCCACCAACCGUGGUUACAGGGCCUCAGAAUGGCAACUGGACCAGCCAUCCUGGAGUGGCCGGCUGCGGAUCACUGCGAAAGGGAAGGUGGCCUACAUCAAGCUGGAGGACAGGACCUCUGGGGAGCUCUUUGCGCAGGCCCCAGUGGACCAGUUUCCCGGCACCGCUGUGGAGAGUGUGACAGACUCCAGCAGGUACUUCGUUAUCCGAAUUGAAGAUGGAAACGGGCGACGUGCUUUUAUUGGGAUUGGCUUUGGGGACCGAGGGGACGCCUUUGACUUCAACGUGGCAUUGCAGGACCAUUUCAAGUGGGUGAAGCAGCAGUGCGAGUUUGCAAAACAAGCUCAGAACCCAGAUGAAGGCCCCAAGUUGGACCUGGGCUUCAAGGAGGGCCAGACCAUCAAGAUCAACAUCGCAUUGGCCAGCUGGCCCUUGAGAGAAAAUGCAAGUCCAAUCCAGUGGACUGGUGGCACUGUGAUUCUUUCUCUUGCUUGGAAGAAACUAACAUUUACUGAGCGUCAGCUGUGGGCCAGAACAUGAGAAAGAAGGAAGGAGCAGCUGGGGCCCCAAGAACCAGGCCUGCCAGCGCAGGAGGGCUGAGCCUGCUGCCCCCUCCUCCAGGGGGCAAGAUGUCUACACUCAUCCCUCCCUCUGGAGAGCAGUUUUCUGGGGGCUCUCUGGUUCAGCCAGUUUCUGGUUCAGGUGAGUGCUGCAGUGACUGUCCAACCAUACCUGGCAGCUUUGCUUCCGGUAGUGGUGUGGCUUCCUUCUCACACUUGCUUUGUACCUGCGUGUGACCAGAUUGUGGCAGCAGAGAGCCUUGCACUCACUUGAGGUUCUUCUAUCCCUUGGCCUUUCUCCUUUCCCUUCAGGGCACUUGUCCUGGUAUGUAGUGACCAUAAGGUCAUCAGCAUGUGGUGCCUGGGCCUCAGUGUGUUCUCAGUGGUCUCUGCUCACAGGUACACAGGCCAAAGGAAUGGGCCCCUGAUCAUCCCUGUUUCAGGAACCCUCCAGAGGAGCUCAGACUGAAGGAAGGCCAGUGGCAGGGUUGGUAGCAUUCUAGGGAGAAAGAAAAGUGUGAGCGAGGCUCACAUUUUGGAAAGUCCUGAUCUUAGGUGGAAGCAGCUGUCAGCGUGCCAUUGCGAGCUGUAGAAGCGAGGCAGGAGACCCAGUGUGGGCUCUUGGUCCACCACCAGGUGCUGGGAGGCUGAGAGGCCGCUUCCUGUGGGCUGGACUGAUGGCCUCUUUCCACCCCCUCACCAGUCUGGGAGUGUCCGCAGUGGUUUUCCACAGCACCAUCAGCAGGUUUGGGAUGGAUGCAUCUAGGCAGGAAGCCUUCCUGUGCUCCUGGUUCUCAGAGUCUCUGACAUUGGUGCCUCUCUCUGGAAAUCAGGCUUCCAACCUCAGUCCUGUGAGGUUGAUCAAGAGAGCGCCAGAGUUGAAAUUAGCCUCUGCUGGGGAUUAGGAAAUGGUUCUUCCAGCAUUAUGUUCAGAGCAUGCUUGCUAGUUCACUGGCUUAGGCAUCGCUAGGGACAGGAGCUUAGGUCUUUGUUUGUGUGUGUCUCAGCCUUCCCUGGUUCCUGGUCCUGCCUGAGUGCAUGUGGAGGUUAGGCCCCGAAGACACCACAGGACUUAGAAUGGACGGAGUAACAUCCUGAUAAACAGAUGGGACAUGCAUUUGACUCCUUCAUAGGCCAUAACAAAGCUGAAACCCCAAAUGUAGCACCGUCCCGUCAGGACCGUUUGCGCAGGUGGAGCCCUUGCUCUCUGCGGCUUCCGUCCCAGUGCUCGUGGCCUGCAGUGAGCAUGCUCACAGGCUCACUGUGCAGUAGUCCUGUCAACUGCAGGAGAGAGAGGAGAAAAGCAAACUCAGACGACUCGCACAGCACACAGCUAAUCCUGGCCUGACCUCCCUAGGGCUGUGCUGAGCUUCAAAUGAGAUAAUGCACACUCAGCCCUCAGCAAACUCUCAAGUGCCCCAUCAGGGAGCUUGGUUUUACCUGGUUUUCCAGCCUAGAGCAGAGGAAAAAUGGCAGUGUGGCCAAGGGCAGCAUGGGAAGGUACCAGGAAGCCAAAAUUAGGCCCACCCCUAUGGAGAGAGGUUCAAGGUCGGCUUCUGUGUGGCCUCAGUUGGAAGGCUGUCCUUGUAGUAUGUGGCCUGUAGCUCUAACCAGUUGGUCCACACAGUUCUGCAGCCUUCUAGAAGGAGCUCUGGGUUUGGGGGGGUGGGCAUUCUUCACUCCAAAAGCCAGGGCAGGACACAAGGAUGACUCACUCCCCCUGGCACCCUUCCCACCACCUUGUAUGUGUCUCCUGUUUUCUCUCUAGGGGCCACCAAGAGCCUAUGAAAAAGUUGGUGGCAACAUGACCCUCUCUGGAGCUGUUUGCUCCUAUAACAUGUCUCUUUGCGUCACAGCUGCCUGGGGUCCUAAGAUUGGCCAUGUUUAAUGAGUAGACCACCAGAAAGACGUCUCUGACUCUCUUUCUUUUCUCCCUCUCACUGGACUUGGGGACAUCACUAGGAGGUGCCACAGAACUCUGGCCACAAUCUAAGCCUGCUGCCGCUGCCACUGCUGAUAUCUGGGGCGACUUCACCAAGUCCACAGGGUGAGAAGGAGAGCUUUCUGGGCUGGGUGGGGCCAGAGCUGUUUCCCUGAGACCCCUGGAAUUGCUGGCUGGACCUGCUCUGGUUAGACAUUUCCAUAGCAGCCAUAGGGCAAAGCCCUGCCUUAGGUGGCAUUGCCUUCCGCCUCUAAAGGCUUUUCCCUGUUCUGCACUGCCUAAGACCUCCAGCCCCAAACUUGUCCAGUUCUCACCAAGUGUUGCCCUGGGUCAAGAAUCAAGACUCAGAUUUUAGGCCAGGACCAUCUUCGUGGAACCUUUGAGGCAAGACAUCUUCUGAGCUUUAAGGCUGUCCUUGGGGUCAGUGUGGGAAGAUGCCAGGUUCCUGUUAUUGGUAUAUGGGAGGCUCUGGAGCUGUCAGCACAGGUCUGUUUUCUGUAAAGAAAAGACAGCUGAAUUCCACACACAGGCCAUCUGAGGACUGCCUGCUCAGAGCUCCUGCCCCAAAAGAUGCCCGCUCUGUCUGCUCUGCAACAGCUGGAUACUGCCACCCUCCCUGUCUUUUUCACAGGUCCCCCUCCAGCCAGUCUCAGCCAGGCACUGGCUGGGUCCAGUUUUGACCUACGUAACCUUUUCCUCAGCCGACUUCUGGGAAGGAGCUGCGUCACCCUGGCCCACGGAAGGAGGCAGAUAGUCCUUCCUGGCUGGCCCCAGGCUCCUUGCCUGGCUGUCUUGACAGCCUGAGCACAAGAAGCAGUAAGUUGGCACUGUGCCACACUGUUGCUGGGGCUCGAGUGCUGCUCAGGCAGAAAACAGGAGCAAACACUCCAGGGCCCCCAAGCUCAUCACCCUCCCCACUGGAGACAACCAGACCUGCCUUCUUCCAUCCAGUGAUCCUUAUUAAACACAGCCCCCAAAGCCCAGAAUGGAUUGAAUUUAUGGCCUGGGUUCAGCUCUGCCUCUCGGGUUGGCAGGUGUCCCAGCUUUGCUAUUGGGCAGGGACUUCUGCACUCCAUCCACAGUAGCCUUUGUCAGGUACCUUCCAGAGGAGGCCUUCCUGAUUGCUAGCAAGUCUUUGAGCUGCAGCUCGAAUGGGCCGUCGGGGGACCCUGGAAGGAUUAAGCAGCUUUUUUGAAAAUGUUAAUACAUUACUCUGCUAAUAUGCUGACCUGCACUAAUGCACCCUUGUGAGGACCCUCCGCUGCGAGGCCUCUGACACACCCUUCUCCCUGCCCUGAGCCCUGGAGGCAGCAGUGGGAGGGCAGCCUGCAUACCUGGUUUUAUGACUUUCAACCUCAGGUGAGGCAGGCUCUGGAAGCCAACUGCACAGUGUUGUGGGAAGUUGAAGCAUUACAGACUGGGCCAGGCUGCCUGUCCUCUGGUUCUGCUCUGGGCUCACAGGUUCAUGGUGUAGCUGGCCCACUUGUCUUUCCCGGAUGGCUUCUGGAGGAACAUACCUGUAGAUGCUUCCUUCCUUUCCUUCAGAGACUGUGACAGAGAGAGUUUGUCAGCCGGAAGUGGCCACCAGGAGUAGUGGUUUAUAAGAAAUUACUGUCUCUUCAGUGAACUUCCUAGUUUCUUUAUAGACUUAACCUUCCCUUCAGUUAAAAGGUUUCUUUUAUGAAGGGUCAAGACUGCUGACCUUGUGGGACCAGAGUUCUAAAGAUGGAAAAAAAAUAAAUGUUUUUACUUCUGUA